GACGAUGGUGGUGACACGAACACCAGGAGCAGCAGCCAGUCAUCGGCUGGCAUGGGCUUUAACGACGACUACGAGGUUGUACCUGGUCAUAGCAGUCUCCUGUUUGUCACGCCCUUGCGGAGCCUUCUUGGUCCCAUCUCCGGCCGGCAGCACCAAGUUGCAGUUGACUCAUGACACAGCGAGCGGACGUUCGCGUUGCCGUCGUCCAUGCAGUGCAACGAGGGAGGAAGCAACAGCGGCAGCGAGACAGGGCCGCAGCAACGUUGGGGAAGAGACGGAGCUGCGGCUGAUGACUUGGAUGGAGGUGGAAGCCCGCGUCAAACGAGAUACUGCCGAGACUGGCAAGGCCGCCGUGAUCGUUCCCGUCGGCGCCACGGAGCAGCACGGGCCGAACGGGCUCAUUGGGACCGAUCACAUGACCGCCGAGGCCGUCGCCCGCGGUGUCUGCGAGGUUACCGGCGCUAUCCUCGCCCCUACCAUCAACUACGGCAUGUCCCACCACCACGAGUCCUUCCCGGGGACGGUGACCCUGAGGCCGGCGACGUUCGUGGCGGUGGUGCGGGACGUGGCGGCUUCCCUCUCGGGGGCCGGCUUCACGCACGUGUUGUUCGUCAACGGCCACGGCGGCAACGUCGGCCCCGCCUUCAAAGCAUUCGCAGACUUUGCAGCAGAACAACAGCAAGCCCGAGAAAUGGAGGAAGAAGAAGCAGAAAGUAGUGGCGGCGGUGGCGGCGGGGACGGUGACAGCACAGCCCGGGUAAAGCUGAUCAGCUGGUACGCGGGACGUGAGUCCUCGACUCUUGCCAAGGAGCUGUACGGGGGCGAGGUCGGGCAGCACGCGACGCCGGACGAGGUUGCGGUGACCCAGCACCUAUUCCCGGAGUCUGUGAAAUAUGGGGUCGAGCUAGACCCAGCCGCAAUCCAGGUGGCGAAAGACCUCGGGGGCAUGACGAAGCGGAUCAGGGACGCGGAGACGGGGCUCUCCGUCAUGGACGUCCAGGACUUCCGCCGCCGCUUCCCCGACGGCCGCAUGUUCAGCAACCCGGCCCUGGCCACCCCGGAGCACGGCCGACGCCUCCUCGAGGCCGCGGUCAGAGACGCCACGGACGCGCUGGGCAAGUUCUUGUCCGGGCAGGACGUUGUGGAGGAGGCGGAGGCGAAGGCCAAGCGGGCGGCCGCUAUGGCAGCAGCAGCAGCAGCGGCGGAGGCGGCGGCGGCGACGGAGGGGAAGACGAAGGCGGGCAAGACAUCGUUCACGCCGCUGAUGGUAGUGGACGCAGCGGUCGAGGCCGGGGACGAAGACGUGGCGGCGAGGGUAGCAGCAGCGGCGGCAACGGCGGCGGCGCACAGCAUGCAGUAG